UUUAAGAAAAGAAAAAUAAACUUUAUAUUAAUAUUUAUCAAUAUCUUUGCUAAAACGUUCACUUAUAUGAGCUCAUCCUCCCUCAAGAAUUUAAAUGCAUUAUAUACUGAUAAGACAUUAUUAUUCACGGACAUGUGCAACUAAUUUGAAAUUAAUUAUAUAUAAUUUUAUCAGCUUUAACAGCAGUAACAUUGCAGUGGGAGGGCUUUGCUCAGUCAGUGUGUGUGCGCGCGCUCGUGCGCGUGAUGCUUGUAACUCAUGUUAUGACUGUAAGCUCCUGUUUCAAUCAGUGGCGUCAGACGGACGCACGACUCAAACCACUCAAACCUUCUCACCUUCUCCACCGACAACGUAAAUAUCGGCCAGGAGAGCGCAGCGUUGUUGUGGAGGCACUUGUGGGAGUUUUACUUUGAAAGUCGCCUCACGAGAUUUAAAGCGAGUAUCGCUCGUCGUGUCACUUUUGAGGGUCCGGCGGAUUUUUUUUCUUCCUCCCGUAUUCAGCACAGCAGCACGUCUGGAAGAUACAAACUUUUCCUCCAUUAUUAUUUUAAGUGGCCACUAAAACUCAACACGCCUACGACGUCGACGUCCCACUGCAACUGCUUUCACUCACCGGCGACAACAGUAGUUCACAGAAUUUUCAGCGUUUUUUUCCCCUCUCCCUUUGGCAACUUUUUUCUCUCUUUCCUUUUUUUUCUUCUUUGAAUGCGUUGCAGAUAUGAUGAUGUCACCGACGCCACUUUUUCCUGAAGUUAUGGCGGAGCACAACUUCUGUAACUUCUCUUGACCACUGAGAGCACUUGGCCUUACUAAUGGAGCACCUCCAGGGAGCGUGGAAGACUCUGAGCAACGGCUUCGGAAUGAAGGACUCUGCGUUCGAGGGCCCGUUACUUUCACCGACCAUGGUGCAGGGCUUUUCCUGCCAGCGCCGCUCCUCAGAUGACAGCAAAAUGCCCGACUCCAAGACGAGCAGCACUAUUCGAGUCUACCUCCCGAACCAGCAACGCACCGUGGUAAAUGUGCGACCAGGUAUGACUUUGCACAGUUGCCUGAUUAAAGCAUUAAAAGUUCGAGGGCUGCAGCCUCAGUGCUGUGCUGUCUUCAGGCUGCUUCCAGGACAGAGGAGUAAAAAAUUCCGGAUGGAUUGGAAUACUGACUCCACCUCUAUGAUCGGGGAAGAGCUGCUGGUGGAGGUUUUAGAUCAUGUUCCUCUGACAACACACAAUUUUGUUCGGAAAACAUAUCUGAAGCUGGCUUUCUGUGAUAUCUGCCAGAAGUUCCUUUUGAAUGGUUUCCGCUGCCAAACAUGCGGUUACAAAUUCCAUGAGCACUGUAGCACCAAAGUGCCCACGAUGUGUGUGGACUGGAGUAAUAUCAGACAACUCCUGCUAUGUCCAACACCUGGCGACGGCAGUGGCCCAUCAUUGCCACCGCUUACAUCCCGGCGAAUGAGAGAAUCCCUAACACGGUUUCCAAGCUCAGCCCACCGCUAUUCCACCCCUCAUGCCUUCAACUACACCACACCCUACCCACCCACAGGCGUCGGCCUCUCCCAGAGACAGCGCUCCACUUCCACGCCCAACGUCCACAUGGUUAGCACUACCCUGCCUGUAGACAGCAGCAUGAUUGAGGAUGCAAUGCGUGAUCAUGAUUCAGCGGGAAGUUCCCCCAAUCAAAGCCCCACAGGCUGGACCCAGUCUCAAUCAAAAGCCCCUGCACCAGAUAAGCGAGAGAGGGCACCUUCCUUCAACACGCACGAAAAGAAUAAAAUUAGGCCCCGGGACAAACGGGACUCAAGUUACUACUGGGAGAUUGAGGCCAGUGAAGUGUACCUGAACUCCUGCAUCGGCUCAGGCUCCUUUGGAACUGUGUACAAAGGGAAAUGGCAUGGUGAUGUAGCAGUGAAGAUUUUAAAGGUGACUGAUCCAACACCAGAACAGUUCCAGGCAUUCAGGAAUGAGGUGGCUGUGUUGAGGAAAACACGGCAUGUCAACAUCCUGUUGUUCAUGGGUUACAUGACAAAGGACAACCUAGCCAUUGUGACCCAGUGGUGCGAGGGAAGCAGCCUUUACAAACACAUUCAUGUCCUGGAGACAAACUUUAAGAUGAUCCACCUCAUAGACAUUGCCAGGCAGACGGCACAGGGCAUGGAUUACCUGCAUGCAAAGAACAUCAUUCAUCGUGACAUGAAGUCCAACAACAUCUUCUUGCAUGAAGGGCUGACUGUCAAAAUUGGGGAUUUUGGUCUUGCUACAGUGAAGACGAGGUGGAGCGGCUCUCAUCAGGUGGAGCAGCCUUCUGGAUCCAUUCUCUGGAUGGCUCCUGAGGUUAUCCGAAUGCAGGAUAAGAAUCCCUACAGCUUCCAGUCGGAUGUCUAUUCCUAUGGAAUUGUUCUCUUUGAGCUCAUGACGGGAGAGCUCCCGUAUUCCCAGAUAGCAAUUAGAGAUCAGAUAAUCUUUAUGGUGGGAAGAGGCUAUUUGUCCCCGGACCUCAGUAAACUCUACAAGAGCUGCCCCAAAGCCAUGAAGCGGCUGGUCGCUGACUGCAUUAAGAAGUCCAAGGAUGAGAGGCCGCUCUUCCCGCAGAUUUUGUCCUCCAUUGAACUUCUGCAGCAUGCCCUCCCUAAGAUAAACCGCAGUACCUCAGAACCGUCCCUGCACAGAGCCUCUCACACUGAGGACAUCAAUGUCUGCACUCUCACUUCCACCAGACUGCCUGUAUUCUAGAGGCCCACACAGCACCGCCCCCUCCUCCUCUUAUUACGUGUCCCCACCUCUUCCUCUUUGCAAUCGUCCAAAUACUCAGUACAACCAAAUUCUCCACCCGGAGAUGCCAAUAUAAGACAUAAAACAAAUGUACAGUACAUGCAAUCAAUCGUAAACCAAUGCUAAUCAAUAAGAUAUGAGGAGAGAAGCACAUCUGAGAUUUAUCUCAGGAUGAUAGUGAGUGGCAUGUACACAUGAAGAGGUUGGCAUGAGAUGUAAUACGGGAGGUGGUGCCUUGCUUUCCGCUGAAGUACGCUGAGGCUCCGUGGUGUCGGUGCGUUUGGAUAAAUUGUAAAUACGUGCGCACACACACACAAACACCUACUUAAGACGGUGAAAAAUGGACUUUGAAGGAAACUCAAGAGAAGGACACAUGAUUUUUUUUGGGGUUUUGUGAAGCACACUCUUCCGCCCGGUCGUCCUCGUCUCUGACGAUGAAGAGGACCUUUUUUAAAGCUUACCUGCCUUAAGAGGAAACUAAGCCUGGACUCGGAUCCUGCACAACUUCAUUUCCUCUAGUUAUCACAAAACAAAGCCGUUGGAUGUAGUUGCACAGUAGUAGUUGAUUUUUACAUUGUCUUACACGAUAAUGGAGUAGAUAUGGGAAAUUUGUUGUCCUUUUUUUUUGUUGUCAUUGUUGUUUAUCGUCUUUACUUUAUUUGGGUCUUUUGUUUUUUGAGGAAUUAGCCUGUCAGACAGCGAGCAUGAGUGAUGAUGGAAAACUUUGCACAUUGUAGCAAAAAGCAAUGGUUUUGUUUUAGCAGUCUAAAUAAUGGUUUCAUACGUCCGAGUGAAGCAAACCGUAAGAUAUCCACACAUUCUCAUCAGUCCUUCCAUGGCUUUGUUAUCAUGAGCUGGACAUUUGGCGGUUGUCUUAAAUAUUUAAAAUUAUUUGGAAACUAAUUUUUGUUUUGGUUUAUCGUGUCUCUUUCAGAGGAGGUUAAACAUUUUUAUUGUGAACUUGGUGAGAAAGGUGUCUAUUCAAUAUUUUAAUAAAAUUAAGUUAAUUUUCUUUGCCAGAAAA